UACAGUGGUGACUCACGGGAAUGUCUUGUAGAAUAGACUGUUUUAAUUAAUUAGUGACUCUCGAAAACAACUCGUAUCCCGAAGCAAUCGAUCGAUGUCUCCUUUCCUUAUCACGUACUGUGCCGUUUUUGCUCACGUAGCGUUCUCUAGGCCUCUACCUCGAGAUUGUUGCAAGAAGACACGUCGCUCUGCUAUGGACUUGAAGCAUGAAAUAACUAUUGGUGUGUUACUGCCGACCGUGGAGGUAAACGGCAAGCUCUUCAAUCAACCAAUUCGAGCGGUACUGAUGGCUGUCGACGAGAUCAACGACAGGUCAGACAUCUUACCAAACACUCGUAUUUGUGUGGUCGUUAACAGCACAUCUUACGAUCGCUGGCAAGCCGUGCAAGCUGCAUUGUGGCAAAUAAACGUGGCUAACGUAGCAGCCAUUAUAGGUGGAUCCGACGCGUCGGAGGCGAAACUUAUCGCUACGAUCACAAGAGAGGCAUCGGUACCACUCCUUUCACCGUUAGAUAUUGAGUUUGAGUCUGAUUUGCAAACUCUUUAUCCGACGUUGUUCAGAGUUGGUGAUGCUUAUGACCGCCUGCGAGAUCUCAUACGAGAUGUGCUCGAGCAAUUUGGCUGGAGAAAUGUUACUGUUAUUCACUCUGAUGAAGACUACGGUUUUUAUGGAGUUCGAUAUGCCAUCGAACAAGCAAGAGCUGCUGGCUAUCACAUCAAUUCUGUCUAUUUGCAACAGCCUCAUAAUGAUCAACUAACUGAGAAUGAAAAGAAAGCCAUCUACACGUUGAGGGAUGAUCGAUUCCGCAUAUUUGUAGUUGUUCUUCACCCUGAAGAGCAAGCUGCGGUCUUGAGGAUUGCUGCUGAAGCAGGUAUGUUUGCGUCAGGGUAUGCGUGGGUUAUUACGCAUUGCAACUAUGGAACAGAUCUGUUUAACGAGACCACAAUGGACGGUAUAAUCUGUAUCAGACAGCAGACCAAUGAUACAGCAACAGGUGAUUUAUGGAACAUGAUGCAAAAUUCGAGCUACAGUGGAGAUGAGACAAGCAUGUGGCUUAGUUCAGUUUAUGCCUACAAUGCUGUACACGCACUCUCCCAAGUUAUGAAUAUGUCGCAGAACUCAACUGCAACGACCACAAGUCCAUCUGCAACCAUUCAACCCAAGUUCAGACCCAAACCGUCUUUUGAGAGACAGACACUGUUUAAUGUGCUUGCCAAUGCAACAUUCUACAAUCAAACAGGAACAUUACUUUUGAGACACAGACAUCAAACAUCCAACUAUAGCUUUUUCAACUACCACAAAGGAGAAUUAUCCUUAUUUGCCACCAGAAAUGCCAAUAAUUUUUCUCUGGUUGCGACCAACUCAAGUAGCCAGCUGGUAUAUUUUCCUGGAGGCACGAAUACUGUUCCACCAGAUUUCCCAGUUGAACAUUACAAGACACUGAAUGCCUUGGUGCCAAUUUCAUUUCCAUUUACUCAAUGCAUCAACAAGACCAGCAAUAAACCAUGUCAAUUGGGACACAUUGAAACAAAUAGUGAAUUUCGAGGAGUUGCUAUUGAUCUCAUUAAACUUGUUGCAAGUAAGCUUGGAAUUGAAAUCAAAUUGACAAUGUGGAACGACACAUGGGAUAAAUUAGUUGAAGAAGUAGGAAAUGCUAACAACAGUUGGCAUCUAGCAGUAGGAAGUGUGACAGUUACAAGAUACAGAAGUCAGCUUGUCAAUUUCUCCAGUAAUUUCUUUGACAGCGGUCUCAGAAUUUUAGUUCGAAGACCAAAUGUUAUUGGAAGAAGUUACUUCGAAUUUUUUCACCCAUUCAGCUGGUCUUUGUGGCUUCUCAUAAUUAUCACUCUCAUUGUGGCUUCUGGUGUGCUUCUCUUCCUUGAUCCAGAUUCUGUUGACAGUGGGUUUGCAAAGAAACAUCCAAAUGCUGGAAAGUGGAAUUGUCGAAUACACCUCGUAUCUGAGGCUGUGUACUACACCUGCUGUCUCUUCUUUUGUGUUCAUAGAGUUGACAAUAUCAAUAAGUUGUUUCCUCGUGUCUAUGUCAUUAUGUUGUGCUUUUGGGUUCUCAUCAUAGUGUCCGCCUACACAGCCAACAUGGCAUCUUUCUUUACAUUUCGAAAGCAAGUUGACAUAAUCAGCAGCUACCAAGAUCUGAUAGAUCGCCCGGUCGGUUGUCGUAAAGGAACUUCCAAUUGGGAGUAUGUAGUAAAUGAGCUAUCUCUUAGAAAUGUGGUGGCUGUACGUGAUAAUGAUGAAGCCGUGAAAAAACUGAAAAGUGGAUUUAUUGAAGCUUACAUUGCUGACACAUAUCAUAUAACGAAUUUGGCUGCAAAACACUGUGACCUACUUGCCACUGGAUUACAAGAACAGCCACAAAAAUAUGCAUUUCCAAUGAAACCAAACCUAUGGUAUCAAAAUCAAAUCAACAAAGUCAUACGAGAAAUUGUUCAAACCAACUUUGUAGCAAUCGCUUAUAACGAACUGUUGACAAACAACUGUCCUUCAGUACAGUUACCAGACUUUCGUAAAAUAACUUUGGAAGACAUUGCUGGCCUCUUCAUGUUAUCCUAUGGUGUGGGCGUUUUUCUCAUCUUGUUAAAGGGAAUGGAUCUGCUAUGGGGAUGGUGUAAGGAGAAUCGAAUGCAACCUACUCAAAUGAAAACAUGGAAACAAAACAGUGUCUUACCAUUUUGAAUUAGUCACAACUAUAGAAAUAUUCGUAUGUAUGAAAGUAUCAAAGUGUCUAAGUAAAGAUAAUACAAGUGUACUUGUCGUUGUCAACAAGUUACCCAACACUAUAUUUAUAGUAAGUCUUUCAAAGACCUAACUCUUGCCCAUACAAAUCUCUUCUCUCGCAAGCAAAAGAGCCUGGGUACAAGCUAGCCAUAACUUUUGUGGAUGUUUUUCCUUCUAUCUACAUCCCAUCUGCUUUCCUGUGAUUCAACUGAAACUUGUAUUCUUCAUCUGCAAUCAUGUCUCGAUCAUCAUUAUUCAAAACAGCAACGCCUACACAUCGCAUACAUCAGUGCUAAACACGGCAGAAAGUGUUAUGGCCGUCUCACAACACUCUCGCCUGCUACCACAGCACCCAACAACAACCACAAACUAAGCCAAAGGUUUACAGUAGCCGGUACUGUACAGCUAUUUUAUACAAGUACAACUACAAGUCCAGUAUGGUUACCACACACGUGGGUUACUAAAAUUAU